AUGGUUCUCCCAUCAUCAUUUGCCCGCCACCCGCUCUGCCCGCCACCCGCUCUGCCCGCCACCCGCUUUGCCCGCCACCCGCUUUGCCCGCCACCCACCCACUCUGCCCGCCACCCGCUUUGCCCGCCACCCGCUUUGCCCGCCACCCGCUUUGCCCGCCACCCGCUUUGCCCGCGACCCACUUUGCUACAUUCUCCUGUUGUCCCCCCCCUCCCUUCCCCCCUCGCCCACACCCGUACUGCAGAUUGUGCUGACAUUUUUGCAGCAGGAAUGGUUCUUCCAUCAUCAAUAGACCCAGACAGCACCCCCCCACCAAAACCCACCACCAUAUCCACCCGCAACCGCCCCCUCCCCUCCACCACCACCACAACCCGCACCACCGGUGGUGGCAGCCAAGGCAAGGCAAGGCCAGGCCGUGGUUUGCAGAGCAAGGGACAGAUGCCCCUCCACGCCUCCCCCCACGCCUCCCCUCGCACCUCCCCCAACGCCUCCCCUCACACCCUACGGUACCAGCGAGAGGCGGGGAAGUGUUGGAGCCGGGCAGAGCUUCCAUGCUAUGCGGGUGAUGCAGGUUCUGAUGAAUCAGAUUUGUCCGAGAGGCUCCGGAUGAAGAUGAGGCAGUACCACACGUACCGGCGCGAGUGCCUUCUCAAAGAGCCCAAGGCGACCCUCCAAGCGACCCUCCUCUCCAACAAGCCCACGCUCUGCCGCUACUUAGUCUACUAUCACACGCGGGACGGGCAGGGGAACCGGCUCGUGUCUCUCAUGUCUGCCUUUGCCUACGCGCUGCUGACGGACCGGAUUCUCCUGCUCGCAUCGGGUAGCGGCCUGGCUGAAGAAUUCUGCGAGCCGUUUGAACACGGGGCGGCGGUUGAGGCUAGUCGAGGGGUGGGUGAGAACGCCGGUGAAGAUGCGUCGUGGGUGCUGUUUGAUGGGCCGGAUAGGGACAAGUAUGUGUGGAUGCUGCGGUUUAAGGUGGCCAAGGAGUGGAGGAGCGUGCGCGAGGAGGAGGAGAGUGGCUCGAUGCACUCGUUGUCUGACAUGUCCUUACUUCCCUCUUUCCCUUCCCUCAUCCCCACCCCGCUUCCCCUUACCUGUCUUCCCCUUCCCCCAUUCUCUUCCCCCAUAUCCUUCCCUCUUCCCCAUUCCCCUUCGCCUCUCCCUUUCCUUGUCCCUUUUCUUGCUCCCCUCCCCUGCAGCCUACGGGUCGACAUCACCCAUUUCACCAAACCAUCCGGACACCUCUUCUUUUGUGAAUCCGAGCAGCAAUGGCUCUCCCGCACGCCCACGCUCCUCAUCUACUCCAACCAAUACCACCUCCCAGCUCUCUACCUCCUCCCCUCCUUCCGCCGCCGCCUGCUCCUUCUCUUCCCCUCCCACCACCCCUUCCGCUCCCUCUCCCGCCUCCUCCUCUUCCCUCGCAACCGGAUCUGGGCGCAACUCACCCACCGCUUCCACUCCCUCAUCGCCCCCGCCUCUGCCCGCAUAGGCCUGCAGGGGCGGUUUCAGAAGCAGGCGUUGGAGAGAGGGAUUCCGUGGGAGACCAAGGCUAUGGGGCGAUGUUUGCUAGACGCACUCAACUCCUCCUCUGUGCACCAGGCACGGGAGGUACAGGUGUCGAACCAGGGUAGUGACAGCGGUGAUGGCAGCAGCGACAGUGGUGGUGAUGGGUGCAAUGCGGUUGGGAACGAUCCUCCGAGUGGUGUGACUGAGGUGAUGGUAGCGUCUCUUAGUCCUGUACUGGCUCACAACCUCUCGGUGAUGGUAGCAGAAAAUGUGCCACGAGCACAGGUGACCAUGGGUAGCGACACCCCUUGUGCUGCCACUGCAGAACUUGAUCUGCCUCCCAAAAAUGGUGUAAAAACCCCGGCGGAUUCCCACAUCCACAUUGCUCGACUAACAGUCGACGAGCUCGAAAACAACACCGACACCAGUCUAGUUGAUAGGGCCAUCCUAGACAUCUACACCCUCGCUCUCUUCUCUGACGCUCUUGUCAUCUCCCGCAACUCCACCUUUGGGUAUGUCAGCGCGUCGCUCUUCGGGGUUCCCUAUGUUUCCUUCGUGGGUCCCACGUGUAUGCGGGCGGUAACUGAGCCGUGCUUGCACUUCCCACCUAGUAAUGACCGGUGCCCAGACGGGGUUCCCCAACAGCUGCAGCUACUGCUGGCUGUAGCGCCUGAUGUGCCACUCACGCCUUGUGUAGAUAGACCCACCGGGAUUGCUGUCCGCCCAUUGGAGAUGUGA